CAGUGUUUGAGACAUCUGUCAACAGCAAGUGUUUGUAUCGUAUUUUUAUGAAAUUUCUAAAAUUUCACUUCAGAUGCGGCGAAUCUGGAAGGAUAAUUUUUCAACUCUAAAUAUUGAGGAUAUUAGUGAAAAUGAGGAACCGAUCGUUUUGCACAUCAAAGAAGAGAUAGACAAUUUAAACGAGGAUUUUGUGUCACCAAUAAAAGCAAUUCAAAAGUACGAAGUAAAUAUCAAAGAUGAUAAUUUAGUUGCUGUCUUACCAAUCGAUGAAGAUUUAACCGAGGAAGAUUAUGCCUUCGAAUGUGACGAAUGUGAGGAGACAUUUGCAAGUGAACAAACCCUCAACCAGCAUAAAAGCACCCGACACGCUGAAUUUUCUUGCAAAGCCUGCGGAAGAGUUUUCGGUUCAAUAAAAAGUUGUCGCAUGCAUAAAGCCAAAUGCGCAGUGAAGUCGAAAAAAUUUCGCUGUGAAGUUUGCUCUACAGUCUGUUUGAAUGCAAAGGAUUUUAAGAUCCACAAUAAAGUGCAUGCUAGUAGAGAGCGAUUCAAAUGUGAAACCUGUAACCGGAGCUUCGCUACCCAGAGUGCGUUGGCGAAUCAUACACAUGUUAGAACUAUAAAGCGGCGGCAUUUUUGCGAUGUUUGUGGUAAAGGGUUCCCCACACCAAACCAGCUGAGACGUCAUACUCCUUUACAUUCCGAAGACAAAUCUCACGAGUGCAGUAUAUGCUCGAAGCGAUUCGCUGUUAAAGACUAUCUGAAGUUACACAUGCGUACACACAUCGGCGCAGUAAAACGAUUUAAGUGUGAUAUUUGCGGUAAAAGCUUCUAUGCUUCAGCCGAGCUGAGGAAACAUUAUGGAGUUCAUACUGGCGAGAGACCGCUCGAAUGCUCGGUGUGCUCCAAGGGAUUUUUUAACCGUCACGAUUUGGAACAUCACACGAAAAGUGACCACUCCGAAAAACUAUCCAAAUGUGAUACUUGUGGCAUGGAAUUCAACACGAAUCAUGAUCUAAAAAUGCAUAUAUCGAGUAAUCACAAUGAAAUUUCAUCUUUUCAAUGUGAAAUCUGUCAAAAAGAAUUAGGAAACAUGACGCUGUUGAAGGCCCAUCGAAAAAUUCACUCCCACAGCCAGACGUUCACCUGUGACCAUUGUGACAAAGUGUUCAUCUUCGCCAAAAGUUACCGUAAGCAUCUGCUCUUUCACGAGCAGCCGACUCAUUGUACGAUCUGUAAGAGAGAAAUUACUGCGGAAAAGCUAAGUAGGCAUAUGCGAACCCACACCAACGGUAAAAAGACUCAUGGCUGCGGACAAUGUGGAAAAUCGUUUUCACUCCCGUGUCGCUUGAAAGCGCAUCUUUUGUUACACGAACGCAGGGCAAAACAGCAGCUAGCCGCACUGUCCUCGUCCGGAUCGGGUGCUGCUCCUGGUUAGUACUCACGAUUCUGCUGAAUUGAGUCCCGACAUUCCCGGCAUACAACAACUCCGUUGGAAUUUUGGCGUAUCAUUCGAAAGAUCAAAUCGGAGAAUUUCAACAUUUUUUUUUGUAAAUUGGACAAUGACUUAAAUAAGUAAAACUUUUAAAUUAA